AUGGAAGCUUCAGAGAUCCUUGCUGAGUCUGAGACGUCAACAACUGUAAACAACUCCGAUAUUAGAAAUUUCUCCUCUACAACGCGACCCUUAGAACAAGUGCUGCUCUUACGCGGAAAAGAUCUUCCUGAAUGUAAAAGUCUUACGCAUAGCGUUGAGCAGACCGAAAUGGGAGGGCUAAGAGAACAAGUUCGCAAGAAGAUCUUGACACAAAGUUCAGCUGCAGAGGAACAGGAAGAGCAACAACAUGCUUUCGCGUUAGCCAAUCUCAGACAGUACCAAGACCACAACCUACGAACAAAAGACUCCUAUACUUGUAGAAUCCGGCUAUCCGAAAAAUU